UUCAGCCCUUGCUCAGUUUAUAAGGGGAGAGAAUUCUAGGGAACAUUUUUAAUCUGAGGUUGGGCACAGAGGGUGAGCCUCCUACCAGAGGAAAGUGGGGAAGCAGCCAACAACCGUAGGGGAAUACUCAAUUUGGAAAAGCUGGGAAGCAUCAAUUUUGUUGGGAAACGUGACUAUGGAUGAGAGACAGUUACAAGCAUGGUCUACCCCCAGCUGGCGGAUUGAGCCCAAAUAUUGCCCCAGAGUCCUCAUUGGGAACUGGCUGGAAGAAAGAAAAAAGUUCAUCAGAGCUUCUGGCCUGGCCCCCAUUAGUACCUAUAUGAGAGACUAUGUCCACUUCCCAGACCACAAGCUGGAUCAGCUAUACAAGAGGCACGCGCUGAGCAGAAUGGAGGGCCUGCCAUACAAGCACCUGAUUGUCCACAAUGAGGAGCCAAAGCACCGGAAUUUCAUCAGCGCCUAUGAUGACCAUUUCAACCAUCAUGGCCACAAUCCUGAUCUGCCACUCCUUCGUCAAUGGAAUGUACAAAAGUUGGCAUGGCUGCCGGAAAAAUCAGACUUCCCUCUUGUGGAACCUCCCAGCAAUUAUGGCCUAUUUGAGCAACGGCUGAAAAGAUGGAGUGCCUCAGUGCUUGACCCAAUGAAAAGCGUUUACACGGUGUCGUAUGUCAGGCCCACAUUCUCCACUCCAUCCCUCUGGAACCUCACUGUUUCCAGUCACUCCCCUCAGUUCCAGUGACCUUCUAUGACAAAUUGCCUCCUGUCUGUAAGGGCAGAGCUUCCUGUGACCCUCUGGUUCCCUGAUCGGCUUCUGUGGGGGAGGCGGUAGGAUACUGUAAUGAUGGCAAUCUUGUCUCCGCUGUCUCCCUGUGAAGCCUUUGGCCCCUAUCAAGAAUAGAACAAUCUCUGCCACAGCUGAAUACCUCAAAUGUUCUU